CAAAAAAAAAGGUCCUUCCCUAGGUCUUGCCCUCCGCCCCUCUUCAUGCCCUCGGCCCGCAAACGCAAGGCUGCUUCUCCGCCGUCGCCGUCCGCCGGCCCGGGCCCGCUCACAACCCGCCCGCGCCUCGGCCCCAUUGCACCGCCUCCAAGACCCGCCUACGCCCCGAACGACGAGCCAUUCAACCCGAGGAACACCGGCCAGCCACACCUGGCCCUCACUCUCUUGGCUCACGACAGCCCUCGUGACUCCCUGAUCCGCACCGCAGUCCAAGAUCUCGUCAACAACCACAUCAGCAGCCGCGAUCUUACCGCCCAGAACGUCCUGGCCAGAUUGGCUAGAGCCGAUACUGACGACAGCCAGCGCGAUGAAAUAGAGGCCCUGGUCAAUCAAGAGCUAACGCACAAGUUGCUCUGGGUGCUCGCCGAACGCCUCAACCGCGCCCCGGACCUCGCCGACGCGCUCGGGUCCUUGGCCGCCGCGGCUCAGUCACUCUACGGCUACGAUGUGCAAGGCGGCUGCACCGUCGAAGACAACAAUGGCGUGCGGUGGGUGGCCGGGCAAGCGAGCCACGAGGAGAGCGCCGAAUCCGCCGAUGAAAGCAGUUCAGAAAGCUCUACCGAGAGUUCCGCUGAGCGAUCUAGCGAGAGUCCGACCGGCACGGGACCGGUAGCGGGUGGGACUCUCGAGCCGAGGCCUUCGACUGGCUCGGUCGAAGUAAAGGAAGAAGAUACAAGCACGCCGGGUAGCUUGGCUUCCAGUGUCUCUCGUGCAUGCGAGCACAGCUCGAGCGCCUCGGCGGGCCCGUCAGUGCCGUGGGCUCCGGUGGUUGAUGCCGCGCAACUACGCGCCGCUAGGAGCCCCGCAGUGAUGCUCCUUUGCGGCCGCGAAAAUUGGACAAAGGAGACUAGCGAUGUCUGUAGUGCUCAGGCAGUCCGUUCAUUGGUGGAUCGUGCCCGACGUAACCCUCAGUUCGGAGAGAGUGUUCUACGCGGAAAGCAGCUGACAGAAACAAACAUGCACAGAAGCAUUUUCAAAAGGGCAGUACCGGCGAAUCGAUUGUCCGCUGAACGCGUAUUGCAAAACGUGGUUUCCCGCAACGUGCAGGCCUUCCCGGAGUUAAAGGGUCAGUAUUUCGUGUUCAAAAACAUUUGCGAUCACAGGAACCCCGCCAUGGGCCAUCUAGUACCGCCUAGGCUCAGAGCGUUUUGGGGUGAGCUGGACAUGGACAAGCAGUCUGCGAUCGCGGACGCCAUCGUGGAGCAGCUUCGCGAGCUCGAGAACAUUAAGCCUUUAGAAAAGCCUCGCGGCAGGGGCUACGGUAUGGUAGAGAGCGACAGUGAGCUAAGGUCGGCCCUGUUCUCGUUCAUGAAGACGAAGGACGGUCGGGCUGAGGUGCUCAAGCAAGCUCUGAACAGAAUGGAAGGGCAUGUGGCGCCGCUAGUGUUUGCGAACCAGGAGCGCUUCCCGGAAUUGAAGAAGACAGAGGCGGUCAAGGACUGGGAGAAGAAGACGGGGCUGCGAUGGAAAGGAGGGCGGGGGCGGAGGCGGAGGUGAGAGCGGACGCCGGAGGUGAGGGGCGGCGGCCACGUGGGCGACGCGAGGGGGACGCGCCGCGCCCCGACGCACCGACGCGCCGCGCACGCUAAGCGGGCACAGACCGGGGCGAAAUUCGUCAUGUUGGAUAGCUGC